CGCACUCGCACGCACAGGCGCAGACGGCGGAAAUGAAGCGAAGGCCGGGCCACCCGCCCAGAAAAGGCUCUGGGUUGGGUGCGGAGCAGUCCCUUAGGAGGGCACGCCGGGCCAGAGCCCCGCUCCGGCCCUACCUUCCCUGCGGAGGUUCCUCGCAGAUCCCCGGGGACAGUGCCCGCCCGUUUCUACGCACCCACUGGGCGCGAGGGUCAGAGACCCACCCGCUUCCCAGCCCUGGCCACGCAUUCUCAAGAGGCAGCCGCGGGGACGGGCCAAGCGGGCAGGUACGAUCAUGCUCCCCGUCCCCGAGGUAUUUGAGCGCCCUCAACAAAGGCGACAUGGGAAGCCCCUCCCGUCGGGGUGGCCGUCACAAUCUCGGCUGGCGACGCGAGGACUUCCGAGGGAAGGGGCGAACGCAGAGGGACUCAGGUGUUCUCACUGGGACUUCACCCUCACUUGCAGACCCCUAUCCCGGCUGCUUUGCGCUGACUGCGAGAGCGGGUCAAUCGCGGGCGACUUCCCAGAGUUCUGUCCCUCUAAGGGAUUCGCUAAAGUGCCUGUGUGUAAUGAGAAGGCAAGGAUCAGCCUUAGAGCUCGAGGGAGGACUCAGCCUUUUCAACUGUGUGGAACCUAAAAGGUUGGAACAACUAGAAACAGCGUCCAGAGGCGGAAGCCGAAGAACGGGAAUUGCCUCGGGACGCUGGCUAUGUCUCUUGCCAUUUGAACCUUUCACUUGCUCGGCAUCUCACCCAGACCCCCCAAUAAGUGACUUUUUUAUGGACAGUUGAUGUUAAGCUUUGGUAAGCCGGGAACAGGACACUAAACCGAAGUCCUCUCGCACCUAAGUCCACUAGAGGGCAGGGCUACACCUGCUGAGUUCGACCGCGCCCUCCACAAAGAACUGUAAAGACCGCAGCAGUCCUCCCUUGUGUGCAAGAGGUAUUUUUCUCCAUCAAAACGUACUCUCAUUAAAAAGCUUGCCCUUUAUCUCAGGUUCUGUAACACUUCCGGAUAUGUUCUCUGACCACAUGUUCAACGUCAAAAUAAACAAAUGGACC